CUUCCUUUUAUUCUCACGAACACGUCCGCUCUUCUACUCUCUCGGCAUCCAAACACCAAAAUCAGGGAUCGAAAUCGUCGUCGAUGGCAGCUCUGCGAGCAGUUUCCAACUCUGUGAGAUUAGCCUGUGCGAAUCCGAGUAAUUCCUCUAUUAAUCGGCCUGUUUCCGUCAAGCUUUCCGCUCCAUUGUUCACUCAGAGCUCCAAGCUCUUUUCCGCUCCCAAGAAUCUGAGUUUCUUCGCGCAUGGAAGAUCGGUCGCUUGCCGUAGCCAGGCUAGCGCCUCUGAUUCUUCUCCUAAUCCAAGUAGAGUUCAGGAAUUAUACGUUUAUGAAAUCAACGAGAGGGAUCGUCAAAGUCCUGCGUAUCUUAGGUUAAGCCAGAAGAAUACAAAUGCGCUUGGCGAUCUGGUUCCUUUCACUAACAAACUAUACACUGGAGACCUGCAAAAACGGGUAGGAAUUACAGCGGGGCUAUGCAUAUUGGUGCAAAACAAACCUGAAAAGAAAGGUGACCAUUACGAGGCCAUCUACAGCUUUUACUUUGGGGACUACGGUCACAUAGCGGUGCAGGGGCCAUACCUCACCUAUGAGGACACGUAUCUGGCUGUGACUGGCGGGUCAGGAAUCUUCGAAGGUGUGACGGGUCAGGUUAAGCUGCAGCAGAUAAUUUUCCCCUUCAAGCUUUUCUAUACCUUCUACUUGAAGGGCAUUAGGGAGUUGCCCGCAGAACUUUCUGUGAAGCCCACCGAGCCCGGCCCAGCUGCUGAGCCCAGCCCAAAUGCCAAGGCCUGUCACCCACAAGCCACCAUUCCUGGUUUCACUAACUAGGGUAGGGUUAGUGAGUGGAGCACUAAUUGAUUAAUGGUGGGAGAUUUGAUGAAACAGAAAAUCGAAAGCGAUAAUAAUGUUAAAAGAGAAUGGGCAAACAUAGUGAAAGGGACGAAAGGAAAAUGUCAACAUAGUGGAUGGGAAUCACAAAUAGAUUGAUGCAAUCAAAGAUAUUAUGCCCGCCAUUUCUUCAACGUUGUAGAAUAACUGUUGUCUUCAACUUACUCUUUUGUUAUUAUCAUUAUUGUUGUUAUUUUUAUUUUAUUUUUUAAUAUUAAUGCCCGAACAUGCUUACCCCG